UCGAUUCUUAAAGCAUCAAAUACCUUUUUUAAAAUCUCCAUUUAAUCAUCUCUAUAAAUUGACAGCUGCUCUAGGGACUCAGUAAAGAAAAGGCUCAAGCAAGUUUAAUGCAUUUAAGUAUUUAGCCAAGAACCUUCCUGGUUCUGCUUUUUCCGAAAAAUAAGUACUUAUUUUCAGAAAAGAUGUUGAAGGCGUCGAAUCAUCAGGUUGCAGGGCAUGAAGCGAGUGAGGGGAAGCUUGGUCCUGUUGUAGACAACUCAGGGCGCUUCUACAAGCCUCUUCAGAGCGGCGAACGUGGCUUGAAAGAGGUGGCCUUCUAUGAAUCCCUCAGUUCAAACAAAACAAUCCCGAAUCACAUUCGCAGCUACUUCCCUAAAUUUUAUGGCACUAAGCUUUUAGAGGUCUCAAACGGAUCUGCCAUGCAUCCUCACCUCAUUUUGGAAGAUCUCAACUCGGCUCAGCUCGAUCCGUCUAUAAUGGACAUCAAGAUGGGGUGCAGAACCUGGCCUCCUGAAUCAUCAGAAGACUAUGUGCAAAAAUGUCUGCAGAGAGACAGGGGAUCCACAAGCCUACCAAUCGGGUUCAGGAUAUCUGGUCUCGAAGUGUUUGGUAGCGAAGAAUCUGGUUUGUGGAAGCCUGACAAGAAAUACAUUAAGAGUCUGUCAGUGGAUGAUGUCAGAUUAGUUUUGAGAAAAUUUGUGUCUUCCAAUGCGUGUGCUGAUCCGAGUGUGAGCCCUGAUUGCUCUCUAGCUUCCGUUGUGUAUGGCGGUCCAAAUGGGAUUUUGGCGCAGCUUUUAGAGCUGAAAGCAUGGUUUGAAGAGCAAACUCUGUUUCACUUUUAUUCUUGCUCGGUUCUUUUUAUGUAUGAGAAGGGAUCAGGGUCGGAAGGGAAGAAUUUUAAUGCGAAAGUGAAGCUUAUAGAUUUUGCGCAUGUUUUGGAUGGUUGCGGUGUCAUUGACCACAACUUCUUGGGUGGGUUAUGCUCCCUGAUAAAUUUCAUCAAGGGGGUAACUGUCACCCCGAAGGAUUAAGUACUCGAAUCCGAAUCCAGACCAGAACUUCUCACUGCUGUUACAGUUCUGAAGGAUUAUUAUUGCAAUGUACCUUCCUCAGUUGUUGAAAUUGAACUAUUUUUCACUAUUA